GUAACAUAAACAAUCUACGCGACAACAACAUCAGCUGAUAAGCGCAAUACGAAAAUUAUCACUUGCAGUAAUCCUCUUUCGCGUAAUCUUUGCUGGCAUCCGAGAUCAUUUACAUGUAUUCUUUGCUGGGCAAACGAACCGCACAAGUACUGUGGCAAUCAUCAAGUUACAGUAAUAUUAGAACGAUGGCCACUCGAACGCCAGCCCGUAUUGCCGUUGCGCAAAUGCGCUCCACAAACGAUAAGCAGCACAACUUUGCCCAGAUCCAAACUAUCACGGAGCGGGCCAAGGCGGAAGAUGUUCAGUUUAUCUUCUUUCCAGAGUGUUGUGAUUUCGUUGGGACACAUCGUGAAGAAACGUUGAACUUGUCCGAACCACUGACCGGUCAAACCGUGGAACAGUACCGGAAGCUGGCAAGGGAGCAAAAUGUUUGGCUUUCGUUCGGUGGAGUUCACGAAAGCAUUGUUGAGGAGUCGAAUUCCGGUCAGCAGGUGAACAAUAUCUACAAUACUCACAUACUGAUCAACAAUGUCGGUGAGCUAGUGGCAAGCUAUCGGAAACUGCACAUGUUUAACGUGGUGACGCCAGAAUUUAAAUUUCGAGAAUCGGAAACAGUCCGAUCGGGCCCGUCUCUGAUACCGCCAGUCGAAACUCCUAUCGGACGGAUAGGACUGCAGAUCUGCUACGAUAUGCGGUUUGCAGAGGCAAGUACCAUCUUAAGGAAACAAGGAGCGGAAAUUCUCACCUAUCCGUCCGCCUUUGCAAUGUCAACCGGGCGUGCUCACUGGGAAGUGUUACUGCGAGCAAGAGCAAUUGAGAAUCAGUGCUUUGUGAUUGCCGCUGCACAAAUUGGAUUCCACAAUAAGAAGCGCGAGAGCUACGGCCAUGCACUGGUCGUCAACCCCUGGGGAGUCAUCCUGGGUGAAGCUAGCAACCAGGACUUGGAUGUGGUUGUAGCGGAGUUGGACUUUGGCAAGCUGCAAAGCGUUCGGGCCAAUAUGCCUUGCUUCGAACACCGGAGGGACGAUGUUUACAACUUGUCUACACGUGUAGGCCUGCCUUACACCAGUACCACAACAAGUGAUGAGAAGUUCUCGUUCGGAGGUAUACCUAUUCAGCAGGAAACGAUUUUCUACGUGUCCGAGUAUUGCUUUGCUUUCACCAACAUCCGUUGUGUUGUGCCAGGACACGUUCUGGUUUCAACAAAACGAGCUGCAGCUCGUCUACCUGACCUUAGUCCGGCAGAAAUAUCCGAUUUCUUCCAGACAGUCUGCAAGGUGCAGAAAGUGGCAGAACGGCUGUACGACGCCACCUCAUCCACCGUGACGGUACAGGAUGGGCCGGAUGCAGGCCAGACGGUUUUCCAUGUGCACUGUCACAUAAUGCCACGGCAUGUUGGUGACUUCCCGGAAAACGAUCAAAUCUACGGUGAGUUAAACCGUCACGACAAGGAACCGGAGCGGCCACGACGGCCAAUUGCAGAAAUGAUUGCAGAAGCAGCACGGUUUCGUGAAGAGAUGUCCAAAAUGGGUUUAUGAGAGUGCAAGAAUGAGUGAUAGAAGAGAUGCUGUUUGCUUUCCAAAUAAAUAUCUUCGACAAUAAUCUAUCCUUGGAAUAAUUUUACAUUAAAA